AUGAAUAAUAUAAAUUUAUAUGAAUUCAACAAAGCUAAAGUUUAUCUUUGGAAAACAGAAGAUACUUGUGAUGAACUAUUUUUUCACAUUUCGAAAAAAAUAAAAAGUUUAUAUGAAAAAAUAAAUUAUGAUGACCUGUUUCAUCAUUUAUAUAAUUAUAUAAAAUAUAUUAAUUCUAGUAAUAAUGAUUUGUUUUUAAGAUAUGAAAAACCUUUACAGAAUUGUAACGUAUAUAAUAAAAAUGGAGUUCAGCAAGAGAAUCAAUACUUUUUCAACAUAUUUAAAAAUUCAAAUUAUGUUAAGAGGAAUGGAAGUUUAUCCAUAAGUUAUAUAAACAUGUUAGAUAAAAAUGUAAAAGUUGAUCAGAUGAAUUUGUUUUCGAAUGUUUUUAUGUCUAUAGGAAUACAUGAGCUCAAGGAAGAUGAUCAAAAUCAAGGUCAAGAUCAAGAUAAAGAUAAAGAUCAAAAUUGCCAUCAAAAUCACGAUCAAAAUCAAAAUCAAAAUGUUAAUGAAAAGAAUAAUAAUUCCGAUGAAAAUAAUAAAACGGAAGAAUGUGAAUCAAAAGAUAAAUCUACUAUGUACGUACAAAAAAAUUCUGAUAAUAAUAAUGAUAAAGAUAUUUUUAAUAAGAUGAACGAAAAAAUAAAAAAUUUAAUAAAUACAUAUAAUGUUAUCCAUUUUAAUAAUAGUUGUGUUUUUAUACAAAGAGUAUUAAUAAUUCCAUCAACAGAAAAAUAUGAUGAUGUGAUUAUGUCGAAAAUUAUGGAUAUAAAUGAAAAUUUUUUAUUUUCAAAUCAAAGUGAAGAAAUGAAUAUAAGUACUCAUAAUACUUCGAACAAUGUAACACCUUUAUUAAAUAAUAAUAAUAUAAAUAUGAAUGACGAUUUAAAAAAUAUUUAUAUUAAUAAAAAUAUUAGUACCGACUUUUUAAAGAAAAACAAUUUUAAUGUCAUGACAAAUUCCCCUUAUUACGAUUCAUCAAACAAUUCUGAACAAAUUCAUGCAAAAAAUAAAAUGGAAAAAAAUAAUAAUAUUUAUGAAGCAAGGGAAAAAAAAAGGAAUAAUGAAAACGAUAAAAAAAAUGUUACAAAUAUCGUAGGAACAAAAAGUAGUAAUACAACUAGUACUAAUACUUUUAAAUUCAAAAAAAAGUAUUCAUCGAAUUUUUUAAAAAUGUUUAAUAAAAAUAUAGUAAAAGAAUACACAUCGAUAAAUACAAAUAAUUCUUCAUCUGUUCCAUUAGGAAGAGGAGAAUCAGUAGAUGAGGUGGCGUCUGAUGGAAUAGCAAGAGACUAUUCCACAAAGACAAAACAUGAAAAUGGUAAAAUGUGUGAAAAUAACGGACAUCAAAGUGAUCAUUACAAUGAUAAUAAUAUACAUAAAGUAUGUAUAAAUAAUAAUAAUAAUAAUAAUAAAAAUAAUUGUGAAAUAAAUGAUGAAGGAAAUAAAUAUAAUUCUAUUGAUUAUAUUUCAAAUUGUGAUGAGGAAGAAAAAAAAGGUCAAGGGAAUGAUGAACAUAUUUCUUUUAUUUAUAAUAAUUUCCAUAACUUUAAAAUAAUUAUAUUUUUACCUUCUAUCAAAAAACAUUUUAAUAUACAAUAUAAUAAAUUCUUUCAAGCAAUAAUUAUGAACAUGUUUUAUAUGUUCAUAUUCUUUUUAUAUGAUUUACUAACCAAAGAAAACAUGUGGAAGUACAUGCACAAUCUUAUAGAUACUAUAAAUUAUGACGAUGAAAAAAAAAAUUGUACCACUCAUAGAAACCAUGUUUUUCAUGACGAGAGGGAUUAUAACAAAGUGGAGAAAGAAGCCAACAAGAAGAAGAAAAAUAUUAAAAAUAAUGAUAUAAUAAAUAAUAAUAUUAAUAAUAAUAAUAAUAAUAAUAAUAAUUAUUACAAUUCAGAUAAACAAAGUAUAAAGUACCUUAAACAUGCACAAAAUACCCAAUGUAAUAUUUCAAAUUAUAAAGAGAAAGAACGAAAUAAUGAAAAAAAAAAAAGUUUUAAAAGAACAGUAGUACAUAAGAAAAAAGAAAGAAAAUAUAUACAGCAUAAAUAUGUGUAUAAAAAAAAUGAACAUGAAAAUUUAAUAAAGAAAAAUAUUAUUAAGGAAAAGAAAAAAGAGCAAGUAAAUAUAUUGGAAAACAAACAUAAUGAGGAUAAUAAUAUAUAUAUUAAUCUAAAAAAAUAUUACAACGAUGUAAAAACAAGUAUUAUAUCCAAAACGGAACAAUAUGUUAUUAAAGGUGAAGAGUUAUUAUACGAUGGAAUUUAUAAAGUUUCACGUUCAAAUACUUGUGAAGAAAAUGAAUGUAAAAAAAAUAAACAAAGUGAUAUGCAUAAGUCUUACAAGGAUGAUGAUAAAAAUGAUCAUGAUAAAAAUGAUGAUGAUAAAAAUGAUCAUGAUAAAAAUGAUGAUGAUAAAGAUAAUGAUGAUAAAGAUAAUGAUGAUAAAGAUAAUGAUGAUGAUAAAGAUAAUGAUGAUGAUUAUAGUGAUGAUUACGAUCAAGAGGAUGGAUCUUCAGUAGAAGAAAAUUUUUCAAGUGAAAAGAAUGAAGAAUACAAAAGAGGAGAUAAUAAUAAAGAUGAUAGAUCAUAUGAUGAUAGAUCAUAUGAUGAUAGCUCAUAUGAUGAUAGAUCAUAUGAUGAUAGCUCAUAUGAUGAUAGCUCAUAUGAUGUUAGUUCAUAUGACCAUAGUUCAUAUGACCAUAAUUCAUAUGAUGAUAGUUCAUGUGGUGAUAAUUUUUCUUGUGAUAAUAAUUCAUUUAUUACAAGUAAUAAUGAUAGUAGUCCGGAUUCAAUUAAUUCUCAUGAGAUAUGUAAUGAAAUAAAUGUAUAUCAUCGAAAAAAUGAACAUUCUGAAAAGGAUGAUGAUAAAUAUGGUGAUAAUAAUAAUUAUGAUGAUGAAAAAAUAUCGAAAUGUAGUGGAAAAACAAAGAAAUCAAAAAAUUCCAAAACAAAGAUGAGAUCAAAAAAUUCCAAAACAAAGAUGAAAUCAAAAAAUUCCAAAACAACGAUGAGAUCAAAAAAUUACAAAACAAAGAUGAAACCAAAAAAUGAACAGAAAGAUGAAGAAAAAAAAAAGAAAAGACGUCUUUCUGAUAUAAAAAAUUAUGAAUGUAGGAUUAAAAAAAAAGCAGGUGAUAUAUAUUUAUUAUUAGGGAGUCCAUUAGAUUCUUUAGAAAUAUAUAUGAGUUGUUAUGAAAUAUGUAAAGAUCAUGAUGAUAUAAUAUACGAAGGGAAUGUUAUAUUUUGUAUGAUUUUAUCAAUUUAUUUAUAUAUAAUUCAAAAUUGGAUCCAUUUUUAUAAAUUAAAUAAAAAUAAGAAGUAUCCUUUUAAGUUUCCUGAGAUCAUUGAAAAUUUUAUUUUACAAAUCCAAGAGAAACUUUUACCUACAAAAUAUAGUAAUUAUUCAAAUUUUUUUUUCGAUACAUCUUAUAGUAUGUCCAUAAAGGACAAGACACAUAGAAGUAAUUAUUCGAACUAUUAUUAUUCUCAUCAAUCACAUAAUCAAGAUGUUAAUCAUAUGUAUAGUCAGGAUGCUAAUCAAAUAUAUAGUCAAGAUGUUAAUCAAAUACAUAAUCAAGAUGGUAACCAAAUACAUAAUCAAGAUGGUAACCAAAUACAUAAUCAAGAUGGUAACCAAACGCACAACCAACAACACAAUCAAUCAUAUAAUCAUCCAUCUCAUACAUCACAGCAACAAAUAAAUCCCCCGUCUUAUUAUAAUGUAAACUUAUCAUCGUUUUAUAGCUCAGAACAAAGUUUAGAUACGUCCGGUUUGAACAUAAAAAAUAUUUCUAGUUUUAUAAAUUUAUUGUAUGACCACAUGAAAGAUGAUACCUCUUUUUUAAGUACCGAUUGUAAAGAUGAAAAAUAUUACUUUUAUAAUUUAAUUAUUGAGCCACAUAAUAUUUUAUUAUAUUUAUUAUGUAUUAUAGACUUUAAAUUAAAUGAGGUGUUAUGUAUAUUACAGAAAAGUUCCUCGGUGAGUGCUCAAGAAUAUUUUUGUGAUUAUUUUUUAUGUUAUAUAAAAUAUCUUUUAAUAUUAAAAAAGAAAAACAUGAUAUAUUUUAAAGUAAGUAAAUAUUCGUUUCUAGUUGAAAGGUUUGAUUAUCCUUUAUAUAUAAAAUUCCACAUGCAUUUAGCUUUAAUAUAUAAAUAUAUUGGAUCCUUUAGGAAAUUUACCUUUACAAUAUAUUUAUUAUGUAUAUCAUUUUAUAUGAAUAAAAAAUAUUAUUUAGCAUAUUUUCUUGUUAAUAAUAUAUUACCCUUUUAUAAUUUGUCUUAUCUUCAUAUGUAUUACCUUUUUAAAAGGAUCACAUAUGAGGAUGAUACAAGUGAUGUUUUAAAGAAUAAUAUGGAAGGUACAUAUAAGGGUAGUUCAGAAGGCACCUCCAAUCUUUUUAUUAAAACCAUGAUGUUAUAUAAUAAUAAUAAUAAUAAUAUGUGUGAUAAUAGGAAUAUAAACAAUGUGUUGUUACAAAAUACGCAAAGGGUGAAUAUACCGUUUGAGUGGUUAAGAGAUAUUCAUGAGUCUAUUAAAAAAAGGAAAAAAAAAAAAAAAAAAAAAAAAAAAUUAUGUAUACAUGGGGAAGAUAUAAAGGGGGAACAUAUAAAAGGGGAACAUAUAAAAGAAGAUAUAAAAGAAGAUAUAAAAGAAGAUAUAAAAGAAGAUAUAAAAGAAGAUAUAAAAGAAGAUAUAAAAGAAGAUAUAAAAGAAGAUAUAAAAGAAGAUAUAAAAGGGGAGGAUAUAUGCAGAGAAAAUAAUAAUAACAUAUUUAAUGAUGAUGCUGUUUGUAAAACAUUAUCUUCCUUACAACCAAAUGAUAAAUCAAAGAAAGAUAUAUUUUGUUAUCUCUCAAAUGAAGAUAAGAAUUCACUUGAUAUGAUUAAUCCACUCCAAAAUAACAAUAUAAUAAAUAGUUAUAGACAUAAUAAUAUAAAAGAAAAGGAUGAUAUUUAUUAUUGUCAUAUUGGGAAUUUGUUUAAAGAUAUAUAUAUUUAUAGGAUUUAUGAAUCGUUUCUAAAACCUUAUAAUAUUGUAAAUAUGAAUAGAUUGUUUGAAUUUUGUUCACGUAAUAUUUGUUGUGAAAGUAUAUUUAGUAUAAAUAAUCAUAUGAAUAAAUUAAAUAUAUAUAAGAAAAAUAAGAAUAAAUAUAAUGCACAUAUACAAUAUAAUAUUCUUAGAUUUCUAUGUUCUUUAUUAAAAGAAAUAAAUUAUAUAGAUGAAUAUAUCUUUUGUAAUUUCUUAAUUUUAUUAUUUUUAUAUAAAUAUUUAUCGAAAGAAAAACAAAAAGAUAUAUUAUAUACUAUAUAUGAUUCUUUAAAUAAAAAAAAAAAAUAUAUUUAUUUCCCACCGUUUAUAACAUUAAUAAUGGAUGAAAGGAGAAAAAAAAAACAAAGAAAAUAUUUAAAAAAAUUAAAUAAUGAAACCAAAACGUUUAAUAAAAAUAAUUUAUUAUUAUGUUUUUCAUCUUUGUCGUCUUUUUCGUCAUCAUCACAAAAGGAAAAUUUAACAUCAUCAUUUGGAAUGUUAACCGAAACAACAUCGACAAGGUCGUCAUUAUCGUCAUUAUCGUCAUCAUCGUCAUCAUCGUCAUCCUCAUCGUCAUUCUCCUCAUUCUCAUUCUCCUCCUCACUAGAUGAUGAUUUAGGAAAUUGUGUAGAUCCGUUUGAAUUAGAUUUUUCCGAUACAUAUCAUAAUAAAAGCAUGAAUUCUUUUUCAAGAAAUUAUUCAAUGAAAAAAAAAAAUAGUACCCAAGAAAAGUUUAAGACAAAAAAAAAAAAAAAAAAUAAUAAUAAUAAUAAUAAUAAUAAUAAUAAUAAUAAAAAAAAAAAAAAAAAUUUAAGAGAAGAAAAUAAAUUACAUUUCUUAUCAGGGAUAACAGAAGGUAGAUGUGCUCCCAUACCUAUUCUAGUAAACAUUGAAUAUGCUGAUAAGAAUUGUGGUAAUGAAAAGGUUUAUAUGAAGGUUGGGAAAUCAAGCAUCGAACGAAUAAAUAACUCCAAACAAAAGAAAGAUAUUGUAUUGAAUGGAUAUAAUUAUAUGGAUGAAAAAUCUUUUGAUAAAGAUAACAAAUCAGAUAAUAUAAAUGAAGGAAAUCAUAAUCCAUGUAGUAACAUUAAUAUAUAUAAUGAUGAAAAUAUGAAAGAAUGUAAAAUGAAUAAUUCUUAUAAAGACAUUUUUAAAUAUAACCCAUUUAAUGAAGAAGAAGAAGAAAAAGAAAAAAAUGUAAAAAUACAAAAUACGUGUUCCGUAAAUGAUAUAAAAAAUGUUAUAAUAACUUUGAAAAAUAAUUUAUCUGUAAAUUUAGUAUUAAAUAAUGUGACAUUAAUAUCAUCAGGAAUAUCUAUAGAAAAUUAUCCAAGUAGUGUUAUAUUAUUAUCGAAAAAAAAAAAUAAUAAAUUAAAUAAAGUACAACUAUCUUUUAAAGCUAAAGAAACAGGUAUUUUAUUUAUAUUAGGAAUAUCCUAUUGUAUUAGUUAUUAUUAUUUCGAUCAAUAUUUAUUAUAUAAUACUUCAGCUUUAAGAAAAUGUUUUAUGAAAAAUAAAUUCUUUGAUCAUUAUUAUGAUAAGAAUAAAAUAAAUCAUGAAAAGCAUAAACACACAUCCACAUUUAAUAAAGAAACAAACAAUACAAUAUACAAAAGAGCCAAACUAUUAAAUUACAUCUUUAAAGUAUCUAGUAUAUGUUCUAUAUUCGUAAUCCAUGAUUAUUUUUCUUUAACCUCAGAAAUUAAACUUUUUAAUUUUAGUAAAUAUAUUAAUAUAAAAGAAUUAUUACAUGAUCAUUCCUAUUUAAAUAAAUAUGUCACAUCGAAGAAUGAUCACAAAAAAAAAAAAUCAAACAUAGAAUGGAAUAAUAUCUACCGCAAACAUAUAACAAAGGAUAAUCCCAAUGUAUGCAAUUUGUAUGAUAAGCAUAAUAGUUCUCUUUUGAAAAACACACAAACGUUUAACAACCUAACCCAGGGGCAAAAUACAUCUAAUAAAUAUAAAGAAAUGUAUGAUAGUAAUCAUGAUAUAUGUUAUGAUAAUCUUAUCAGUGAAAAAUUAGAUAAUAAUGUACAGGAUUUAAAGCACGAACAUAUAUGUAUGACCAAAAAUAUUAGUAAUGAUAACAAAUAUAUAAAAUGUACUAAUCAAAAUGGGAAUAAAGAAACGGAUUCUAUGAAUAUAAAAAAAAAUUUAUAUAAAAAACAGCAUGUUUUUAAUAGAUUCUUAUUACAUAAAAGAAGUAGUUCAAAAAGAUUAUCUUUAUCGUUUUCUUCUUCGGUAUUAUCAUCAAAAUCGACUUUAUCAUUUACAGGAUCGUCAUCGUCAUCAUCGUCAUCGUCAUCAUCAUCAUCGUCGUCUUCCUCAUCAUCAUCAUCAUCACCUGGUGUAUCCCCUUUAGAAAAUACCCACCCCGAAGAUAUAAAUUCCCAUAUAAACGAUCAUUCAAGUGAAUCCCUUGUAUUGGAAAGAAAAAAACAAAUUCGAUUCCAAGCUCUAUAUCGAUUUAAGGACAAUGUAAAAAAAAAAAGACAUAAGAAAUAUCCACAUAUGAUGCAAGGCGUUAAUGAUGAUCAUAUUAAAAACAAAGAUAAUAUAUCUUAUAAAAAAGAAUAUGAAGAUAGUAUACAUGAUUUACAAAAUAACUUAUAUUUUUCUUAUGAUGCACGCUCUGCAGAAUUAUUAGAAGGAGAAAUUAAAUUUUUAUGUUUAAUAUUAGAAAAUAAAGGAAAUAUGGAUAUUGAAUUUUUAAAUAUUAAAAUAAAUUAUAAACAUAAAAAUAUUAACGCUGAUUAUUUUAUAAAGUUUUUUUUUGAAAAAGCAUUUUAUAUUAAAAAUAAAGAUAUGCAUUCAAUAAUUACAAAUAAUAAUAAUAUUCAAAAUGAAAAAAUGAUGAACGAAAAAAUGAGGUGCGAAGAAAACAUCAUAAGAAUAAAGAAGGGAGAAAACUUAAAGGUUAAGAAAAAUUCGUGUCUAUAUAUACCAAUUCGAUGUAUAGGUUCAAUGCUUAUUAAUGAAUGCCAUUUAAAUAUUUUUUAUUCUCCUUAUAAAGAUAGUAUAUAUUAUGCUGAACAAAAAAUUAAAUUAAAAAUUAACGUAAAGAAAAAUAUUAGUAUCCAGAAUAUAUUUUAUUUUCCUUACGUCAGUUUUAAUUAUUUACAUAUCUUAAAUAAAUUAUUAAAUAGUAAUUAUUAUCAAACCAACAUAAUAAAUAGUUUAGGCACCAUAAAAAAGAGAGAAAGAACAAAAUAUAUCCCUAGCACGGAGGAGCAUCAAAAUAGAGUAUAUAAUAAUUAUUAUAAUGGUAGCAGUGAUAAUAUAUGUAAUAAUAAUUAUUUAUAUCAUGAUGAUAAUAUAUGUAAUACUUUUAUCACAAAAGAAGGGUCCUAUUCACAAAAUAAUAAAAUUGUAAAGAAUAUAUUUAAAUUCAAAAAAAGAAUGAAGAAUACAAUUAUACGAGAUGAUAUAUUAUAUAAUAUGAAUGAUAAUAACAUGCAACUAAUACAAAAUUUUGAAUAUAUGAAUAAAAUAUAUUAUGAGUAUAAAGAAAAUUUAAACAUAUGUACUGAUAAUAAAUAUAUAUUCCUAGAAUUAUAUAUAAAAAAUCAUAGUGGUUAUGUUAAUUAUUGUAAAACCAAAAAAUUAAAAAGAAGACCUACAUGUAUAGUGGAUAAAGAAAAUAAUUGUAGUAAAUGGUUAUUAUGGAUAAAAAGAAUAAAGAGGGAUGAAAAUUUAUUUUUUGAAAAUGAGGAAGACAUAUUAAAUUAUUUCUUACAAUAUGUAGAUUGUAACGUAUAUUUGACUUAUUCCAGACAUAAAACUGUUGGAUUAUUAAGUCUGUAUGGUUCCUAUUUAAAUAGUAUACAUAUACAAAAUAAAACAUUGGGUGAUUUUUUCUGGAACGUAACAAAAGCGAAAAUACAAAAAUCAGCAAUUCAAUUAAAUAAUAAUAUAUGUGAUGCUCACAAGGUAUGGGAUUAUCACAAUGUAUGGGAUGAUCGCAAUGUAUGGGAUGAUCACAGUGUAUGUGAUUCUCACAAUGUAUGUGAUCCUCACAAUGUAUGGGAUGAUGAUGAAAAAAAAAACAAAUGCUCCUAUUAUCAAGAAAAAAGAGAAACGGAUUUUCUUUCAAAUACCCUUAAUUUUCCAACACCCUUUAAAAGGCAUGAAGAAAACAGAAAUGGGAAUAAAUAUAAUAACGAUUUAUAUAAUACGCACCGUGUGAGUAAUAUACAAGAUGCUCAAGAUAAAAACGAGAUUAAUAAAUAUGAUAUAUGUAUGAAAACGAGUUCAGAAAUUAAUGAGUUCAUUGAAAAGGAUAAUUAUGAUGAAUCACAUAAUAACAUAUCUGUAAAUUUAAAAAACAAUGCUCAAUAUUUAUUAAAUGUAAAUAAAUUAUUUGAAAAAAAUUUUUUCAAUGAUAUUUUUUAUCCAUAUAUAUUAAUAAUACCUAGGUUCUUUCAUUGUAAAAAAAAAAACAGUGUAAUUAUACCCAAAUGUUCCAAAAUAUUAGAUAUGCAUAAUUAUAAAAAUAUAGGAAUAAAAAAAAAAUAUUUCCAAUCAAAAGCAAAUCAAACAUUUCAUGUUAAAAUAUAUUUAAAAAAUUUAUCAAAUAUUGAAUUAGGUAAAUAUACUUUAUUAUUAUAUCCAUCUAAUUUAAAAUCUAUCAAAAUUAUAGGGAGUCUUAAUAAAACUGGAUAUUUAUUAAAUAAUAAUCACUUGAAUUAUAAUAAUACUACAAACAUGUUAAAAUGUAAAAAACCAUACCUUUUACAUUCAUUCAGUGUUUAUUCUUUAUUCCCAGGAAAAGUUUUUUUUUAUAUAACUAUAUAUUUACAUACCUAUAACACUUUAUUAUUUCAUCAUGAGCCUAUAUUAAUAACAAUAGUAUAA